CCAAUAUACUGCCGAUUAAAUUGAAGGGCUCCGGGUACGGGUUAGGGGUAGCGAUCUGUGAGUAGCGUACGUGAAACGCAGUGCCAACCGUGUGUCGACGAAUCGUUUAGUGAACAUUAGCAAAACUAUAGCGCACAAGAUGGGUAUCAAAGGAUGUUGCUCGGUUGUUAAAUACCUGGUGGUUUUGGUGAACUUGCUUUUCCUGGUUGUCGGGCUGGUCAUCAUUUCGCUCGCCAUCUGGAUGCUGUCUGAUCCAACGUUCCUGAUCUCGUUGACCCAGAACGAAACGCACUACACCAUCGGGCUGUAUAUCUUCCUGGCGGUCGGUGCUUUGAUGCUGGUGGUUGCCCUUCUCGGGUGUUGUGGCGCACUUAAAGAGUCACAGUGGGUGCUAACAUCUUUCUUCUGCUGCCUGUUGAUGGUAUUAGUUGCGGAGAUGGCGGCUGGCGCUUGGGCAUUUCAGAACUCCACCAAACUGGACAAUGUGGUCCGUUCAGCCGUGAAAGAUGCAGUCCAGACACAGUACGGCAUGAUACCGACACGUACCGCAACACUGGAUGCCAUUCAGCAGCAUUACCAAUGCUGCGGAGCGGAAGGACCGAACGAUUGGCAGUCGAGUGCUUAUAACAAUGUUGAGCGACCCACGCCCAGCAUCGAGAUCGGUAAGCUGCCGGUCAGCUACAACGUGCCGGAAACGUGCUGCAGCUCGCACAUCUCUCCGGAAGAGUGCAAGGUCGCUCGCCGAAUGGAGUACGCAACCUCGAUCAAGCGCGCCAAUAUUUUCGCAGAUGGUUGUAUGGAGAAGCUGGUCGGCGAGAUUCGGAAAAACAUCAAAACGGUCAGUUACGUCGGAGCAGCGAUCGUUGGUAUCGAGCUGCUUACCCUUAUACUGUCGUUGCUACUGUGCUGUACCAUUCGUCGGAACGAUAACUAUAAGCACUGAGCGAAAAUCGAGAUCUAACGACAGUUUGCAUUACAUUGCUUUUAAUCCCUUUUCAUACUUACAUUUAAAACGAUACAUGAUAUGACGUCGAAUUUUACUUAUGCGGCCACCAGAACCGCCGAGUGUUCCUGGCCAGUAACAGAGCAUCCCAACACCGUUCGCGAUCGAGCGCCUCAUCCGCCAACUCGGUAAACCGAGUAUUCUUGCAUCUCUAAGGAUGCGUUCGCACAAUCUCCCUUAUCAAACUCAUUCUUACCAUGUCCCUUCUGUCCUUCCAAACGGCCUAAGAAGACUUUACGAACCGGUUCGUCAUGCGCCAUCCGCUAUUCUCAUGACAUGGCGACAUAGCCCACCGAAGCAAGGCGACAUGUAUACACUACAUGACAGUACAGUGCGUACAACUCGCUGUUGUACCGUCUCUUCCACUAUCCCGUCACACAUAUGAUGCUCCAAUCAGAGCCUCUUCCUCUCGGACGCGGUUCAGAGGGUUUCGUCGAUUUUGGACAGUCCAUCUCCAGGCAUCCAGGCAUAUGUGAGUACUGGGAUUAUAAGGGUUCUGUACAACCCGAACUUCGACCGUCUUGACACGAGAUGUGAGCGAAAUAGUUUCUUCAGACCGUAGAAUAACGUGCUGUCUGCUAGCACUCUAGCCCGAAUCUCUUUAAGCCAGAAUCAGGUUGGACUUGUAGUAGAUGGUCUCUGAGGUCUCCACUUAAGAGUUCUGAACGGCUCGCUCCUGCGCGAUGUAGAAAAGGACAAGCUUGGCCUCCUCCUCGAUGCACUGCCUUUGUAGUAGCAGAUAGGAUUAGAGAGCUUGCCAUCGUCCGUCGCCUGGCUGGUUACUUUUGGCGUGAAGUCGAAUUUUAGUUACAAUUUUUUACUAAAAGUCUUAGUACAUAGAUCUGACGACCCCCGGCCAUGACAAAGCUUUUUUAUAUUGAUAAUAACAUACUUUUCUUGAUAACAUUAAUACUUUAUAUAUAUAUACAUUAUAAAGUAUAUGAAUAUGUAUAAUAUAUAUGUUAUAUAUAUUAUACAUAUUCAUAUAUACAUCUCUCACUGUACGAAUGUUUGUAUUAAUAAUUUUAACUUAACACAUCAUUCAUCAUAUUCUCAGCUCAUCAACGAAUGAUGCGCCAAAGCCAAAUAUAAAGAUGCAUAUAAUCGAUGUUCUACAAACAAACAAAACAAUCAGAAGGAUUGAUAAAAACAACAACUUGUAACGCACUUAUUUAUUUAAUUUUCGCCAAUUAGCGUACUGUAUUGAAGGUACCUACCUUUUUAUAGGUAUUAGUUUGUAACUAGUUACCGCCGUAUUCAAGGAAGUAUUGCUCUUUUCCUAUACUACCAUCGCAUUAAUGGGAAGGUUGGGAUAAAAAGCAAACUUGUGUUCUCCAUAAAAUAUAAAAGAAAAUAUAU